AUUACGAAAACCCGAAUGGGAAAAACGUUCACAGCAGAGCUCCUUUUUGUUAAUUUCGAGUCAUCAGACCGAAGCAGCCGAUCGUCGAAGUUUGUCUCUGACCAAAGUCGCCUGCUAGCUAAAGUCAUGGCGCUGCUCAAGCGGAGUUGUUGUGUUGCUGGUCGUUUCUCCACAAACCAUCUGUGGUUGAGUCCCAGAAGUAGUCCACAUGUUUACGGUAGCAGCCUGACGACUGUGGCCAAAUCCGCCCCGAGUCUGGCUGACAGAAAGAAGGAGCUGCAGAGUGAUGACGGGCCUGAUCUGCAAGACUUCAUUUCAGGGGAUUUAUCAGAGAAAAGCAAGUGGGAAGAAUACAGAGGCAACCUGAAGAGACAGAAGGGAGAGAGGCUAAGGCUUCCUCCGUGGCUGAAGACGGAGAUCCCCAUCGGCAAGAACUACAAUAAGCUGAAGAACACACUGAGAGACCUCAACCUGCACACAGUGUGUGAGGAGGCCAGAUGUCCUAACAUUGGGGAGUGCUGGGGAGGAGGAGAGUACGCCACGGCCACAGCCACCAUCAUGCUGAUGGGGGAUACAUGUACCCGUGGAUGCAGGUUCUGCUCAGUUAAGACGGCCCGUCGGCCCCCACCUCUGGACCCAAACGAGCCCUACAACACAGCCAAGGCCAUCGCUGCCUGGGGGCUGGACUACGUGGUUCUCACCUCAGUCGACAGAGAUGAUAUUGCUGAUGGAGGGGCAGAGCACUUUGCUAAGACUGUUUCCAACCUGAAGGAAAGGAACCCUCAGAUCCUGGUUGAAUGUCUGACACCUGAUUUCCGUGGUGACCUGGCAGCAGUGGAGAAGAUCGCCUUGUCAGGGCUGGAUGUCUACGCCCACAAUGUGGAGACAGUCCGCGAGCUGCAAAGGCAUGUGCGAGACCCCAGAGCGAACAUUGACCAGUCUCUGAGUGUUUUGAAGCACGCUAAAAAGGUCAACCCCAAUGUGCUCACCAAGACGUCCAUCAUGCUGGGGCUGGGAGAGACUGACCAACAGAUACUUGACACUCUGACUGAGCUGCGAGAAGCAGGAGUGGACUGUCUAACACUGGGGCAGUACAUGCAACCCACUAAACGCCAUCUGAAGGUGGAUGAAUAUGUCACUCCAGAGAAAUUUGCACAUUGGGAGAAAGUUGGGAAUGAAAUGGGCUUCGUCUACACUGCCAGCGGACCGCUGGUGCGAUCCUCUUACAAAGCAGGCGAGUUCUUCCUGAAGAAUCUGCUGCAGAAGAAAAAAGCAGAAGUGACUGUAGGAGAGUGAAAAGCACCAAACACAGAGGCUGCCCUCUGUCUUCCUUUUACCUCUAUCUCUUCCUAUAACUAUACAUAUUUACAGAGACAAAAUCAACUUUACUCCAACAGCAUCAUAAUGCAUUGUUGUAGCAAACACACUGAAUAUAAUGAGUAGAACAAACGAACACGGAAAGUGAGAGAAGGGUAUUUGUGUUGAAUAAUGGUACAAAAUGGACAUUAAGACGACUCCUGGAAGUAGAAAGACCGUUCUGUUCCUGCUUAACGUACUUGUCCUCUACUGUUCACCAUUGACAACAUCAUUUUAAGAUGAAGAGAUAAAAGAGAAGAACGGCAGUUAGAUGCUUGGAUGCCUGGGUGUAGACUCCAUGUAACCCUGCCAGGUGAAAAUACAACUGUGUGUAAGCAGUAGCUGUAAUUUGCUCCGAUCUCUGCACCUCAGGGGGCACUAAAUCACAUCCAGCAUCAACACCCUCCCCUCAGGUGCCCUGGACUCCAGGUAAAGAGCUACUGACCUUUAACAUUGAGCUGUGUUUAUGAGCGCUUUGAUGUCUGCUGUUUCAGGAGAGACGUUUUAAUGAAGACCUUUUUUUUUUUUUGGUCUGAGGGUUCCUGCGGUGACUCCAAAGUGAAAUUAUUUAUGACACAAACAAAUCUCUGCCUGCCAUGACUUAUAAAACUGUUGCUCUCUAUAAAGUUUCUAUUUAAUUACAUUACCUUUGUACCUGAUAAAGGGCCAGUUUGAGUUUGAGUGUUCAACAUUGUCGGAAGUCCUUGACAGGUAUUAAUGAUCUGUUUGCACCAGGAUGAGAAAGAUGUGUCUGUUUUUUUGCACUUGUUUGUUUAGAUGAAACACAAAUCUAUAAAAUGUACAUUUGUAUUGAAAGAAUUAAAAGUCAUCAGUCCACA